AGCGCUGGUCACACUAUACCAAAAAACCAUCACAAAAACAUGAAUUUUUAUUAGCCAGUUUAAAACAAGUGAAAACAGACUUUUUCUACCGUGGCAUCUAGCAUUGCAUUUCGAAUCGUGUCAUAUGAUGUUCGUCGGUACCAGUGUUGCCUAGCGAAGAUCGGAGUACGUGCACCAUGUGAGAACGACCUGCAGGCGAAUCGUGCAAUUGCGUCGUGUUACAAAGCUUUGGCCCUGGCCAAGUCCCCAACAAAAAUUUGCACAUCAUGGCCAGUGCAGCGGAUGACUCGGCAUUUGGUGGUCAGGAGGAGCCAGAGUCCUUCACCAUUUAUCAUGAAGGCAGGGCACUGCAGCUUCACUGGCGCGGAUUGCCUCCCCUGCAGCGGGCUCCCGCAUCCCGGAUUUGCAGCAUUGCAGGCGGGUCCCUGCUCCUUCUGACCACUGACCACGCCCUUUACUCCGCCAAGCUGCAGGCCAACGGCGGCCAUCUGGACCUUCAACUCCUGCGUACCGAUGUUCUAGAUAUGGACUUCUGUUCCGGCAGUCUGGACCUCUUUGUAGUUCUCACCAAUGGCUCUGUGCAGCACCAAGCCACGGGAACUGGCCGGGAUGUGGGUCAUCCCCACGCGUGGCAAACCGUGGGUUUCGACCCCCUCGAAUUGCAUGCUGAGGGCGUACGCAUUCGUCGGGUUUGCUGCUCCGCACAGGGCGUUGUCUUCGUCGGCGCUGAUGGGGAGACCUACGUCAUGGGCAGCUGUGGGGAAGUCUUUAAGGCGGAACAACAGCCUCGGCACAUGCGCCUUUACGAAGAGGGCAAGGAACUGCUGGACUUGGCAGCCGGAAAUGAGCACUUUGUGAUGUUAGUUGCACCCUACAACCUGGCCGACGAUGUGCUUCAAUUGUCGGUAACUAGUGCAAAGGAAGAGCCCGAGGACGAACGGGCCUCUGUGAAAUCCCUAAGCAGUGACCACUCGGAACGCAGCAUUGCGGCUAACACAAGACACCUUCUCCAUCAAGGAUACGCUCUACUUCACACCCAACUUUUUACAUUCGGAGCCUCCAAUAAUGGCCUCCUUGGUAGUGGGGAUCAUAUCCGGAGGGCCAAUGUGAUGCGCCUGCAGAAACUAGACAGCAUGGGCGUGUGCAGCAUUGCAGCUGGAUUGGAACACACGGUGGCCCGCACUCUGGACGGAAGGCUCUACCACUGGGGCCUGAACAAUCACUCUCAGUUGGGUGAAGAUGUCAGCUCUCCCAUGGAGAUUACCAUCACAGACAGCACGGCAGCGCUACCCAUAGAACAGAACUCGGCGCUUGAGGCGACUUGCGGCGACUACCACACACUACUGCUAAAUGCCUCCGGUCAGAUACAAUCUCUCCAACCUGCGCCUCCAAUGCGACAUCUGCAGCAAUCCAGCACAUACGCUCAGACGCUCCUCCAGCUUCAGUUGGGAGCAGUGUGGCCUAAUCAACUACGCUUGCUCAUGUGUUCUGGCGGAUACACUCUUCAAAACCAAAGGCAGUUCCAGCGGCAGUAUCACUACUACCUAAGUCAUCUCCAGUCACAGUUACAGCUACUUCUCAAGCACCGACAGGCAGUCCAAACACUCGAAAUCUGGCAAAGACAGUCGACGCAAGAGCCGCUUAGGUCCCUCGGCCCCUUGCUGAUCAACUGGGAGCGUAUUUUGUGCCUGCUAGUGGCCACCUUGCAUUCGCUAGAGGGAUUCUACCGAGCGGACUUUGUGCAGCCUGCCGAUCUGUUGUUCAUUUGCCAUUACAAAGAGUACAUCGAUCUGUUUGACGGCUACACAAAGGCAUAUUGCGAUGUGUUCUCGAUCAAUGGAUUUGGAGAGGCGGUGGUCGCCAUUACUGGACUCAGCAGCCCGCUGGCCGAGCUCAACGAGGAGAGCUACGUCACUCGGUUGUUCCAGCAACCCUUCAGUAUAUACCAGCUGUUUGUCCAAUUUAUGGAGCUGCUGGUGAGGACACAUCCUGAGUACGGAGAGCACAGGGUGGCCUGGUCGGAGUUCGCACGGCACAGCUGCAUCAGCCAAGAGCUGGCCGUGAACACCAAAGAUUUCUGGAGCAGCAACGAUAGAAACCCUAGGAUUGUGCAGUUUAAAAGGCGCCAAAGAAGGGUUAUUUUGACGUCGGCUUUGGUUCCACUGAAACUGGUUACUUCUGGUAUCAGCAGGUCAAGCAACAGUUUCAUCCUCUUUUCGGACUUCCUCUGCCAAGUAAGCGGCAACUCGCUUUACUCCUAUCCCUUAACUACCCUGUGGGUGUGGACCGAAGGCGACAGCCUGCGCUUGACCACGCCGGAAAAAACCUUCCUGGUAACCACCCGUUCGCACGAGAUGCGUAAGGUGUGGCUGGACCAGUUACAAACGAGCAUUGUUGCGUCCUUGGGCAGGCCUCUCGGAAGUCCUGUGCCCAGUUAUCGCUCCACGGGGUACGAGUUUAGCCGGGAGCACCCAAAGUUCUCCAGGGUGAAAGCGUGCGGUACCUGGAGGAAGGGCGUUCUUCACGGAAACGGCUACCUGGAGUAUCCAGACGGAAGUGUAUACUGCGGAGAGCUGCAACACGGGAUCAUUGAAGGUUUCGGAAAAAUGGUGAUUCCGACAAUGGGCCUGUAUGUGGGUAAUUUUAAAGGUGGCCGGUUCCACGGUCACGGUAUUUACGAACUGCACUGUAAAGAUUCCCCCGAGAGCGAAGUCUACGAGGGAAACUUUUGCGAGGGCCUCUUUCACGGCCAUGGAAUGAUGCGGAACAACCGAUUCAUCUACGUGGGCGAGUACCAGGCCAAUGCACGCAGUGGAUAUGGAGUGAUAGAGGACCUGGUUACCGGCGACAAGUACAUGGGCAUGUUUGCGGACAACAAGCGUUCUGGAAUCGGCAGCUGUAUCACCAACCGCGGCGACUACUUUGAAGGCAACUUUUCCGGAGACGAUCUCAUCGGCAGUGGGGUUGCUGUGUUUGAAAACGACUAUUACUAUGAGGGUGAACUCACACUCCACGGCCCGAACGGACGGGGGGAGUACUACAUGCCCAGUGGAGAUGCCGGUGGAGGAAGUGGUGCCAUAGGGACCGGGGAGUUCGACGACACCUGCGAACUUAUUGGGAACAAGAUGUUUGGACAGCUUAGUGGCACCUGGGACACGGUACGGAUUCAAGCCGGCGAACUGGUGCUAAAUCGGCGGUUCCCUAAGUACCCCAGCUCCCUUGGGCGUCAAGUGGUAGAUCACAAUCGCAAGUGGCGAUCGUUGUUUAACAACUUUGAAUCGAACCUGGCCAAUUGCACGUCAGCUAGCAGCUCUGGUGGCAAUCAAUCAGCUGGCACCCUCAGAAAAUCCUCGAAGCCCAAUUUGAGCACGGCCCAAAUCUGGAACUGCAUAGCGGUGUACAUGAGCAAGCAGCGUGCUCGUGAAGGAACCAAGCCUGGUAACUACUUUAACAACAUCCUGCUCAGUCUGCCGCUACCACAAAAGACAUCCUCUCCACUGGCAAAGGCCCGCACCACCACUAACGCACUGAGCAAGCUACAAACAGAGGCUGCAUCAGCGCUGGACUUCUUAGGAUUUCCCCCACGACGAAUCCACUCCCAAGAGGCACUUAACAGCAAGCCAGGCGGAUUACAGAGAGCGGAUAGCUUGAUGUCUAUGGGCCACAAUACAUCUCGUGAUCUGGACACCAGCAGUCUGGCCAGUUUCCAGUUGGAAUCAAGCCUAAUGAACAGCACUGUCAACGGCGAUGAAUCCAGCAUGCUCAAUGAAAGUUUUUCGAAACAAAGUAACAACAACAAUAACAGCAUUCUGAAACACAUGAACAACAGCGAUUGUUCAAUAACGUCAACCACAUCUACAACGAGUGCAAUGCUUGACCAGGUGCCCAGUUUUGGAAUGGCUUCGGUGCUUACUGAGCAAGAUAUGGCCUCCAUACGCUUGUACCUGGAGCAGGCUUUCAAGGAUCGCCAUCACCCGCUGUACGUUUUAAACGAGCGCAUUGCCAACUGUUUCCACUACUCAUAUGGCUAUUGGAAGGUUAAACCCACUCCGAUUUUGGCGAAGCAAGCCAUGAGAGAGUGGGAGUCCAUAUCGCGUCGCAUUUACCGCUUUGUGCGGCAGAUGUUUCCAGCGUUACCCGAGGAACUUUGCCAGAUGGAAGGCAGCAGGGAAGUUAUAUCGCAUAUUACCCUUUUAUACCCACUCGUGCUAUCAGAGGGCAUCUACUCCACUUUAUUUGUGCUGUAUGCAAAUAAGUACAGUCGAAAGGACGAAAUGUAUCGGCAGAAUUUGAAUCUGGCCGAGAAACUAAAAGACCAAGAGCUCGUUGAACUUAUGGGCCAUGAAAGUUUUCUGCACAAUGUAAUGUUGGACCCAAAAUUUGAGGAGUCCGUGCAGAUGUUAAAGGAACUGCAGGAGAAGUUUAGUCCCCAGGACAUGUUGACUGUGAUACAGCGCAGCACCCAGCUGCUAACUGAGGCCUACGAACACGCAAUGGCAGCCAAUGCCGCCCAGCUUAAUGCGGACAACAUGAUACCGCUCACCAUGCUCACGAUGCUGCGCGCUGCGGUUCCCCACUUGGGUGCAGAGUUGGCCUUAUUGGACGAUCUGACGGGUGGCCCCAAUUUCCAGGCCGAGAUGAAUGGAAUGGCGGGAUACUGUUACACUACAUUGAAGGCCGCAUAUGAGCACGUAACGUCGAAAGCUCUGCAAAAAAUCCCCUGAGCGUGAUCAGCCCAAAGAUGAAAGCUGUAAUAUUCAUUGUUUCGUGUUUCGAAGUGUAGCCGACAAGUCCGACACAUGAGGUUUUAGCGAAUUAGUUAAGGGAAAAUACGUUUCUUUUUUUUUGGCACUGUAAAGCUUUGAAGAAUAAGAAA